AUAAUUAAAGAUUUUUAAAUACUAAAACAUUGUUCCAGUCGUUUCGUAGCUUUUGCGUUGAAAAGUAUUUUAAAACUGAAGUGGAUUUGUGUUUAGUUUAUAUAUAUAUAAAAUGCCUUGCGGAUAUUUCAGUGAGACCACCAAAAAGGUUUUGUUUAUGAUAAUGAAGAUUAUCGGGGAGCUCGCCCUUCUGGGUGCUAUCGCGUCAGUCUUCCUGGUAGCAGCCCAGGGUCGGGCAGCAGAAAGAGCUGCAGAGGAAUCCGCUGGGCGAGAUUACGUGAGGACUUUGGACGAACAGACUUCUCGGCUCAGGAACAAGAAAACGAUUGCCUCUUGGGACUAUGAGACGAAUUUGACAGUCCAUAACGAACAGAAAUUGUUACAAGUAUCCUUAGAGGUGGCAAGCGAAACGAAGGAAUACUGGAAGGAAACCAUGAGCUACCUCUGGCACGAGUUCGAAGACCCGGACCUGAAGAGGAUGUUCAAGAAAUACACGGAGCUGGGCACAUCAGCUCUACCCGAGGAUUUGAAUCAGAGAUUGAUCGUGGCCAUCAAUAGCAUGCAGUCAACUUACGCUAAGGCAACGAUCUGUGAUUAUAAUAAUCGGACUAAAUGUGAUUUGCAUGUUGAACCUGAAAUCACAAACAUUUUUGCGACAAGCAGCGACGCUGAAGAACUCAAGUACACAUGGCUUGAAUGGCAUAAGGCAGCGGGUGCUCCAUCGAAGAGUAACUUCACCGAGUACGUUCAAAUGGAGAACGAGGCUGCCAAAUUAAAUGGUUACGACACUGUGGCCGAAUGGUGGCUUAGUGAAUAUGAAGCUACAGACAGCGAGGACCAGUUCGCAGCGCUCUGGGCGCAAAUCAAACCGCUCUAUGAACAGAUUCAUGCGUACGUCAGAGGGCAUCUUCGUGUGAAGUAUGGAGAAGAAGUCGUGCCGAAGAAAGGACCCAUUCCAGCUCAUUUGUUAGGUAACAUUUGGGCCCAAACUUGGGGUAACGUUGAAAAAUUCACAAGGCCGUAUCCGGAUAAGACCGAUAUUGAUGUAACUGCCGCGCUCAUUGCACAGAAUUACACAGCCCUUAAGAUGUUUAAGACAGCAGAGGAGUUUUUUACGUCAUUGGAUUUAUCCCCAAUGCCAGAGUUGUUCUGGGAAAGAUCCAUCUUAGAGAAACCAACUGAUGGAAGAGAAAUGGUCUGCCAUGCUUCUGCUUGGGACUUUUUCGACGGUGAAGAUUUCAGAAUCCGUCAAUGCACAACCAUCACGGACGCGUUCUUCAAGACGACCCACCACGAAAUGGGUCACAUACAAUACUACUUGCAGUACAAGGAUCAGCCGGUGAUCUACAGGGCUGGAGCUAAUCCAGGUUUUCACGAAGCAGUUGGUGACGUCAUCGCACUGUCGGUGGCAACGCCGAAACAUUUACGGGUGAUGGGGCUUCUCGAGGAUGGACCAGAAGAUUUGGAAUCUAACAUUAAUCAGCUUUACAAAAUGGGUCUGGACAAGAUAGUUUUCUUACCAUUCGGCUAUCUCCUCGAUCUCUUCCGUUAUGGCGUCUUCCGAGGAACUACCACAGUUGACGACUACAAUUGUCACUUCUGGCAACUAAGAGAGUCCUUGCAGGGCGUGGAACCUCCGGCGCCACGAAGCGAAGCGGACUUUGAUCCUGCUGCAAAGUACCAUAUAGCUGCAGAUGUGGAAUACAUGAGAUACUAUAUCUCUUACAUUAUCCAGUUUCAAUUCCAUCGUUCGUUAUGCCAGCUUGCCGGGGAGUACGCGGUUGGCGACUCCAGCAGGCUGCUCUCAAACUGCGAUAUUUACAACAGCACGGCGGCAGGAAACGCUCUCGGCAAAAUGCUGCAAUUGGGUUCUUCGAAGCCGUGGCCCGACGCGAUGGAAGCGAUAACUGGACAAAGGUUCAUGGAUGCCAGCGGCGUCCUGGAGUACUUCCAGCCUCUAUACGAUUGGCUCAAGGCCGAGAACGAACGAAAUGGAGAAUUUGUCGGUUGGGAGCCUAGUACCGUCCAAUUUUGUACUCCAAACCAAAGAGCAGCGAUGGAAGCGACCGGCUUUAACAAGAGAUUGAAGAAAUAUGCAGCUCUAUAGAUAUUUGAAUAAAAUACAUAAUCGUUAAAUUUAAUAAAUAGUCUUAUUACGUUACGUUA